GUUGCGCGCCCCAUUCUGCUGAGCGCUGCCACGUUGAGCCACGGGGCGUUCGAGACGUGGAGAGCGACCGACGGAAAAGCGGCGCGCGAGGAGGGAAUUGCGCAGGCGCAGGCGUUCAUUCGACAUCCAUGUGUCUUGUUCACCAAGCGAUGGUUUGAUAUUUUUCCUCGCGUGCUUCCGCGGGGGGAGAUGAAGCGCAUCUCCCGCGAAUUGUCAACGGAGCUCCACGUUGGCGCCGCGCCGUGGCAAUGCAACGGCGAGACUGAAUGCCCGGCCGAAGUGUUGAAGGUGAAGGACUGGUCCACGCAGGACAAGGCUUACUUGCAGGGUUGUACGAACUGGUCCUACCUGCGUCGGUGCGCCCGCGCGGCGGACUUGGAGCUGGCGAGUGGAACCGCGGGCCUAGAUGUUUUGUGCAGCGAGGUCGUCGGUAUUUUCAGGGCUGGUCAGAUCGCCGAGCUAGGGGGCGAGCUAUUCCGGAUGCACAUGGACCUGCGCCUGGCGCGCCGCCGUUCGCACGCCGCUCUUCAAGCCGUUUUGGCUCACGGCAAAGAUAAGGCCACGCGGGAAAUCGCAAUCGCGGUGGGGACUUCGCGGUGGUUCGAGGAAGCAGAUGCUAAAGAGUUGGCGCGGCUGUGGAAGGGCGACCUCGACGACUUGCGCGAGACCAUUCCCGAGAAAUUUGCGAGGAAGCCGCCGCGCAAGAGGAAGUAG